AUGCCAUCUAAAGGGAAUAAAAAGAAGGGUUCGAAUGAAUUUGAGUCUUCGGACCCAAGAUUUGCGCAAAUAUACAGUGAUCCUAGAUUUAGAGCUCCUAAAAGUAGAGACUUGAAGGUUCAGUUGGAUGAUCGUUUCACUAAAGAAGAUCUUAAACUAGGAAAAUCGUCUGCCAAGGUUGAUAAAUACGGCAGAGCGAUCAAUAAGGCUACCGAUGGCGAGGGAAAUGAAACGCAAGCUUUCGAUAAGCUUUAUUCCACAAAGAGUAAUGAGAAAGCAGAGGAAAAGGGAGGUGAAGAAGAAGAUCAAGAAGAAAGUGAACAGGAGGAUGAAACUGAUAUAAUGGCAAGAGCAAGGGGUUUGGUCUCUGCCGAGGAAUCAAGCGAAUCAGAAAGUAGUGAGUCAGAUAGCGAUGAGAAAGUUGUGCAGUCAAACGAUGACGAUAAGGACGUUUUCGAAGAGGUUGAGGAGGAAGAAAGUAUUCCUGAAGGUGAACCCACCAAAAGAAUUGCUGCCGUGAAUCUUGACUGGGAUCACAUAACAUCCAAAGAUCUCUUUGCCACAUUUUCAGGGUUUGUUCCUGCAGGUCGGAAAAUUUUAAAUAUUUCCAUUUAUCCUUCGGAGUUUGGUAAAAUAAAGAUGCAAGAGGAGGAAACACAGGGACCGUCAAAGGAAAUAUUUAAAGGUGAAAAGAAGAAAAUUGAUAGUGAUAAUGAAGAUGAUGCCCAGGAAGAUGAAGAUGACGACGGUGAAUUGGAUAUUAGAAAAGCUGCUAAAGAGUUGUACACGGAGGACGAAGGACUGGACUACAAUUCAAAAGCCUUAAGGAAAUACCAGCUGCAGCGACUUAGAUACUACUAUGCGAUUGUGGUGUGCGAUAGUGUUGAGUGUGCAAAGAGUAUAUAUACAAACUGUGACGGUACGGAGUAUGAAUCCACCGCAAACACGUUUGACCUUAGAUAUGUCCCCGAAGGUAUGGAAUUUUCCGAAUCUGAACCAAGAGAUAGCUGUGAUACGGUGCCUUUAGGAUAUCAACCCACCGACUUUGCCACUGAUGCUCUCCGAAGCUCAAAGGUGAAAUUGACAUGGGAUGAAACUCCCGCUCAACGAAUCGAGAUGACAACACGUGCUUUCAGCCAAAAGGAAAUUGAUGAUAUGGAUUUCCAGGCAUAUUUGGCAUCUGACAGUAGUGAUAGUGAGGAUGAUGCUUCAAAGGUUGAAGACUUGAAAGCAAAAUUUAAGAAUCUUUUGCACAACGGAGAAACCGAUGCAUUCGGUAAGGGUGAUGAUUCCGAUGCUAGUGAUAUUGACAUGGAGGUGACUUUCACUCCUGGACUAAGUGGUGCUAAGGAAUCUGCAGAUAAGGGAGAAGAGGAGGAGGAGACUACAGUGGAAAGAUACAGAAAUAAGGAGAAGGAGAGAAAGAAGAAGAGAAAAGAAAAGAUCAAGGAGCUCAAGAAGAAGGAAAGAGAGGAGAGGAAGGAGAAGCAUUUAAAGAAGGGCAAUAGGUAUAUGAAGGAUGCGGGCGAGAAAAAUGCCUCAGAUAGUGUGACUGAAGAAAAGGAAGGCAGACAGCAUUUCAAAAUGAAGGAUAUUAUGAAGGCCGAAAAGUUAAAGCACAAGAAGAAGAAAAACAGAAAGCAGAGAAAGGAGGAAAACGAACUUCAGAAUAUCGACGAAGAUAUCAAGCUUGAUGAAGGGGAUACGAGAUUCAAUGAAAUAUUCGAGAGUCAUGAGUAUGCUAUAGAUCCAACCAAUCCAGAGUUUAAGAAGACAACUGUGAUGGAAAAGUUGAUACGGCAGGGACAAAAAAGAGCUAAGGAAAACAACUUAAAAAAGAAUGGUGAUACUAAGAGAAAGAAGCAUCCAAGAGACGAGGAUAAAGAAGAAAUUAAAGCUUUAGUGAAGGAUGUGAAGAAACUCAAGAAUAAUGGUAGCAAUGGUGAUAGAAAAGAGGUUCACAAGCAUUCUCAUAAGCAUCAUAAUCAUCAUCGUCAUCAUAAUAAUGAGUAG